AUGCAAAAAACCUGCAAAGAAAAUGAAGGUAAGCCCAAGUGCAGUGUGCCAAAGAGAGAGGAAGAACCCUUGCUAUGGAUAAUUUGAACACCAGCAAACUGAUGUUUUAGGCAAAGGCUGCUUAAGUCCCUUGGGGAAUUUAAAGAGGACAUAGAUUUUAGGCAUUUUAAUAACGAAGAAAUGACAAGAGAGGGAGAUGAAAGGGAACGGUCUUUGGAAGAGAUAAGAGGUCUGAGAAAGAUAAAAGCUCCGAAUUCUAACAAUAGGCAUUCCAGGGAUUUUCCUUAUCUCUUUCAAUGCCUUUCUCCCCUGCAUUCAACUGUUGUCUAUUAUUAA